AUGAACGCCUGUGCCUUCCUUCUGCCUGCCGAGUCGGGAGAGAAGAUAUCAUACCUCAUCUCAAUCCUCGUCACGUAUGCUGUGUUCCUUAAUUUUACCAUUGAAGUGUUGCCAAAGUCGGGAAUUCCGUCUCGCCUCGCCAUUUAUCUGAUUCUGGUGUUCUGCCAAAGCUGUGCCGCCAUCUUGUCAACACUCUGCCUCCUCAACAUGUAUCAUGAAGCAGACGAGAAGAAUCUGUCCAUCACUGGGGCGACACCUGUUGGGACAACGUCUACAAGGGAUGGUGGAUCUGGUCUCGAAAUGCAGGGCUCAAAGGGCUCAAAGGGCUCCAAGGUGUCCCCGACUGAAUCGGACGACAACAUGACCAAAGUCCCGAAGCUAAGAGGGAAGAAAUGGAUCAAAUCACUUGACAGAAAACUCUUCAUGGUGUUCCUUGCAAUUGCUCUGCUGUCCGUCAUUAUUCUGUUCGUGUAA